CAGAAGUAUAACAAUCCUUUGGAAUGGAAUCCGGCUACUGUAUCUCCCUCCCUUGAUCGUGAAUUCUGAAGAUUUUAAAAAAUUUCACUCCCAGAGAGGAGAAGCUCCGGGAAGACAAUGGCUUUCACUCUUGGGAAGGAAAAGGUCACGGAUUUAGGACUCUUCCUGAUUUGAUUUGGGUAUUUUGGAUCAUACGGUCGUGUGUUCGCCAGGCGAUUCUUCGUCGCAACCGAAUCAAAGCAGUCAAGAAAGAAUUAGAACAGCACGUAAUCCAUUUGAAUCGUUAAUUCCUGUUUCAGUUGAUUGUUGUGGUUCGAAGCAGGUGGUUUGGAAGAGCAUGUUUUGAGAAAGAUAGGAUAGAUAUGAUGACGCCGUCCCGUUCCCUUAUUCGUCGCUUUUUGCCGUAUUUUUCCGCCGGGAUUCGAUAUAAUUCUAGGCUUCUUAGCUCGUCUUCGGCCGUCCGCGAAUCUCGGCCUUCUUCUUCGGAGUCUCCUUCAUCGUCUCCCGAUGCCGUGCUUAUGACCGACAGCUGUAUUCGGAGAAUGAAAGAGUUGCAAGCUGAAGAGGCUAGCCAAAAGCUUCUGCGCUUGAGCAUUGAAGCUGGUGGUUGCUCAGGGUUCCAAUAUAACUUUUCACUGGAUAACAAGAUUAAUGAUGAUGACAGGAUUUUUGAGCAGGAUGGAGUUAAGUUGGUAGUGGAUAAUAUAUCCUUCGACUUUGUGAAAGGUGCAACUGUUGACUACGUAGAAGAGCUUAUCCGAGCUGCUUUUCAGGUGUCUACAAACCCAAGUGCUGUUGGUGGCUGCAGCUGUAAAAGCUCCUUCAUGGCGAAAUAGUGUAAUUUAAAUACAGACUGGUUGAGUCUGUCCCCUUAUAUUUUUGCAAACUGGGAUUCAUUCUUGUACUGAUUUUUGUUGUAUAUUUAAUAGAAUUGAGAGUUACUGUCCAGAAUCCUUUAUUCUCAAUAUGUCAUAGAUUUAAUUACACACGUGUAUGAAUAAGUAAAUGCCUAAAUAAAUAAUACAGGAUUUAUAUUUCCUUA